AUGGAUUCAUACGACGCCUAUGAUGCCUCUCCGGGCAGAAGCCGCGAGGCGGACUCCUAUGGACGGCCACCUGUUUACGACCGUCGUCGCUCUCCAGUCUCGCAGGACCGACGAGGCCGUGGACGCGGCCGAUCUCGUUCACCAAUGAUUGACCGUUACGAGCCUUCCGAGCGCCGUCCCCGCGAGGAUUUCUACAACAACUCUCGUGAACAUGCCGCGCGUGAUCGGGAGGAUAGGAGACGCGCUCCCUCUCCAAACAUUAUGCACAUUGACCGAUACAUCCCCGGUCAAGACUCUGGAAAGCGACCCCUUCCAACCAAUCCCCUUCCAGACCCUUUGAGUUUGGACUUCCAAGUCGGCUUCACCUGGUUCGCCGAAUGGUGGCGCGCCGAGCAGGCAAUCAAAGAGGAAAAAGAGCGUGCCAAGCAUGGCGGCCGUCGUCCAUCAGAUCGCGUCAAAGGUGAGCGUGAAGCUCGCGACGAUCGUGAUAGAGAGAGAGCUCAGAUUCAAGCCGCGUACGACUCCUACAAGGUCGACCUUCAGGUCAAGCUGGCCCGCGCAUUUGUGCAACAGCAUCGUGAGGAGGAAUGGUUCAAGGAGCGCUAUGUUGCGGAGGUCCGGGGUCCAAUUCGCAGUCGGUUGCUCGGAUUCCGUAAAGGCGCAUAUGACCAGUGGGAGAAUGAUCUCAACGGUGGUAUUUUCGACGACUUCACUUUGGAGGGCAUCUACAAGAGCGAAAGUGACGGUGCCGGGGGUGUGGUGGAGAAGGAGGAAGGUGAAGCUACCGCUGUGGGUGAAACCCUCGGAGUUCUGGAUCUUCUCCCUGUCCGGGGAGGCGAACUUCGCGACGAGGCGCUAUCCCAGCCUGCUCUGCUCAUCAAGACUCUUGCUCCCAAUGUGAGCCGCGACAAAAUCGAGGACUUUUGCAGAGAGCACCUCGGGGAAAAUGAUGGGGGUUUCAAGUGGCUCAGCCUCAGCGAUCCAAAUCCUUCUAAGAAGUUCCAUCGCAUGGGUUGGAUCAUGCUGCACCCUGGUGGCGAGCGAACACAGAUGGUUGAACGAGGUGAUGGGCGGGAAGAAGAGAUGGACCAUGAACUUGGCAUAGGUGAAACUGCCACUGUGAACGUCGCUGAGAAGGCGCUCGAGGCCGUCAAUGACAAGACCAUCCAUGACCCAGUCCAUGGUGAUUUCACCUGCCAUGUAGGCGUUCACAUCCCCGCAAGCCAGCCCCGGAAGAAGGCGCUGUGGGAUCUGUUUUCUGCCCCCGAACGUAUUGACCGUGAUCUAGAGCUAGCUCGACGAUUGGUCGCAAAUCUAGACUCUGAGAUGGGCGAAGUGGACGGGUCGGGCAAAAUCGAAGAGCGUGUUGAAGACCUUCGUGGCAAAGGCUGGCUCCAGCCUCCUGUCACCGGGCCUGUGAGGGUCAAGAAGCAAAAAAGCGAGUUUGAUGAAGAUGGAGCCGAAGAUGGCGAGAUGGAGGAGGGUGAGGAGCAAGAUCGCGCCGAGGAUGAUGAAGUGGACGAUGAGGAGCUAUUGGCAAAGAAGAAGAAGCUAGAUUUGAUGGUGGAGUACCUGCGUCGUGUCCACAACUUUUGCUUCUUCUGCGUCUUUGAGUGUGACUCGGUCCACGAGUUGGGUCGCAAGUGCCCCGGUGGCCAUCUGCGGCGACCGCGAACUGGCCUUUCCCAACAAGCCAAGGAGGUCGCUCGCGCCAGUGCAUUUGGGCAACCGUUCCCUGUUAAGAAAAAGGAAACCAGUGAAGAAGGCGAAGAGCCGUCGUCACCCGCCCAGGACAGACGACCACAGCGAGUCCCCAAGUCAGAACAACAACUUCAGCGUGCCUUUAACUGGGUGAAGACCUUCGAGGAUAAGCUGCUGCAAAUUCUGGAGCCUGAAAAUGCUGAUCUACGUCGCCUCGGCGGCAAGCCAGUGGAGGAGGCACUCGAGGACGAACUUGCCAAGUACGUCAAGCAAGAGACUGAUGAUCGUUACCGAUGCAAGGUCCCCGAGUGUACCAAGUUGUUCAAGGCGGAGAACUUCUGGCGGAAGCACGUUGAGAAACGUCACGGCGAGUGGUUCGAGAGCAUCCAGCGUAAUCUGGCUCUGGUCAAUGCUUAUGUCCUUGAUCCCUCGCGCAUCGCUCCAUCUCGUUCCGAUGCUAACAGCAACGGCCACUUCCCCCAUGGCUCUGGUCACGGACACGGUGGAACUCCUCGCGGGUUCAGCCUCCACAACGUGGGCUUUGCCGGCAACGCUGCCGCCCUUGCUCCCGGAUUCGGUGCCGGUGGGGUACCAGGGUUCAUGGGCGGCUCUUGGGGUGGCCCUCAUAGUACUGGGGAGGGAGGCCUGCAUCAACCGGGAGUGAUGCGACGAGGAGGUCACCGGCAACACUCUCAUCGAUCUGGGCCUUAUGACCGCCGCCGUCCUCAAAAUGGCAAUGGCCGUCUCAGUCCUGUUCGCAUGUCUGGCAUGUACGGCCCUGGUGGUCGUGGCCCAUCGAACUUCUCUGUGCCUCCGGGCCACCCGGCUGCGAAUAUGGUUCCUCCCCAUCCUUUCCCAGAUGCCAUGAAUGGCGGUAACGGAACCCAGGGCAUUCCGCCCCGAGAGGCCACACAGGGCCGCAGCUUGAAGAGCUACGAGGAUCUGGACGCCGUGGGUGGAUCUGGCAGUGGAGAGCUUAAUUACUAG